CAAUAGCCAAUCACUGUUAGUUACGUUUUCUUAGCGGGAACAUCGUUUUUUUUUUGUACUGAUCGCAUAUUAAAAACGUUGUAGACGUGCUAUUUUAAUUAAAAUGUAUGAGGCUAAAACGAAGGCAAAAUGUUGUGGGUAAUUCUGAAACACCUGUUUCCAAACUGGCAAACUCUAGUCCUACUAGCUGUAUUAUUCUAUCUUGUAUAUCGAUAUUCCACACGAAAUCAUGACUAUUGGAAAAAAAGAGGCGUUCCUUUCGAAAAACCAGUAUUUUUAGCGGGUAGUUUAUGGGAGGUAUUUAAAGGACAGAGGCAUGUAGGGAAACACCUGGGACACUUGUACAAAAAGUACAACACGCCAUAUUUCGGUAUUUACAUAAUGGGAAAGCCUUACUUGGUCCUGAGAAAUCCCAACAUAAUCAAAACCAUCACCAUCAGGGAUUUCACCAACUUCGACGACAGGACAUUCGCUUGUGACAAAAAUGCGGACGCAAUCUCAGGGAAUAGCCUCUUCAUUUUAAGAAACCCUGACUGGAAGGACAUCAGAAAUAAACUAACCCCGAUUUUCACUUCAGGAAAAUUGAAAUUAAUGUUCCCUAUAAUGAAACAGUGUUGCAGAGAAAUGAUAAUUUUCCUCGACAAACACGACGGAGACAUUCUGGAGAUCAAAGAAGUCUCCGCGAAAUAUAUGACCGACCUGGUGGCAUCCUGUUUCUUCGGCUUAGAAAUCAAUUCAUUCGGAGAGAAGGACUCGGAGUUCAGGAUAUUCAGUAGGAAGAUGUUGGACUUCGACGUAUAUACUUCGUUCUGUUUGUUCAGUUAUUUCUUUGUGCCUAAGUUUGUCUCUUGGUUUAAGCUGAAGAUGCUAGAUACUAGCUUCUUACAACGAAUCUUACACGACACACUCAGCAAACGGAAAAAUAUGAAUAUGAGGAGGAACGACUUUGUUGAGUUGUUGCUGCAAGUGAGGGAUAAUUUAAGCGACAAUACACAUUUUGACACUGACACGAUGGUUUCACAAGCCAUCACAUUUUUUGUUGCUGGGUUCGAGACGACAAGCAACGCGUUGGCGUUUGUUCUCUACGAACUGUGUCUGCGACCAGAUUGUCAAGACAGGUUGCGUGAGGAAAUAAAUGAUACUUUCCACACUGAUGAUGAUAUCACAUUUGAAAAUAUACAGAAAAUGAAGUACCUGGAUAUGGUACUCUCUGAAACGUUGAGACGAUAUCCUUUCGGGCCAUUUUUGAACAGGAAGUGCAAAGAAGACUACGUCAUUAAAGAAACUGGGUUAGUGAUUGAGAAAGACACUCCCAUACUGAUUCCCAUAGACGGGAUUCAUAAUGACCCGGAAUAUUAUCCGGAGCCAGAAAAAUUCGACCCAGAAAGAUUCGUGGAUGGACACAAGAAAUAUUCACAAUCUUGUACCUACCUUCCAUUCGGAAUGGGUCCGAGAAAUUGCAUAGGUGACAGAUUUGGACUUAUUUGUGCUAAAGUAGGAAUAGUCUUCUUCCUCAGGUAUUUCAAAGUGGAAAAAUGCGAAGAUACUCCUGUGCCACUGGUUUUAAAUCCAAAAUCUCCCUUUAUGAUGCCCAUUAAGGGACUCAAAAUGACGGUGAAAAAAGCUUAAUUGACUUCAAAUAACUUAUGAGGAAAGAGUAAACCUCAAGUCCUCAAAACACUUUUAGAAGACGAACAUAAAUACAGUGCUACCUCUUUAAUCCGAACACACAUGUUAAUCCGAUCACAAGCUAAUCCGAACGGCAAGGAAAGACUAGAUCGCUUCGCGCGUACGCGCGUAGUCGGCAGCAGUCAGCAGUCAGUUUGUGUGCCGAUAGCGAAGAACCUGUUGCGUGUCGUGGUAACAAUUUUGGAGUUUUUUUGGAAGUAAGAAAAAUAAAAAAUGUGAAAAGCGUAAAAUAAUAAUACAUAUAUAUG